UGGCUCCCUGCGCCAUGGUCACCCACAGCAAGUUCCCCGCCGCCGGGAUGAGCCGCUCCCUCGACACCAGCCUGCGCCUCAAGACGUUCAGCUCCAAAAGCGAGUACCAGCUGGUGGUGAACACCGUGCGCAAGCUGCAGGAGAGCGGCUUCUACUGGAGCACCGUGACGGGCGGUGAGGCCAACCUGCUGCUGAGCGCCGAGCCGGCUGGCACCUUCCUCAUCAGGGACAGCUCGGACCAGCGGCACUUCUUCACCCUCAGCGUUAAGACGGAGUCAGGCACCAAGAACCUGCGCAUCCAGUGCGAGGGCGGCAGCUUCUCCCUGCAGAGCGACCCUCGCAGCAGCCAGCCCGUGCCCCGCUUCGACUGCGUGCUCAAGCUGGUGCAUCACUACAUGCCACCCGCGCCCUGCGCCGUCCCCGAGCAGCCGGGGGGGGCCCUGCACCCCAAGCGCACCUACUACAUCUACUCGGGCGGUGAGAAGAUCCCCCUGGUGCUGAGCCGCCCGCUCUCCUCCAGCGUCUCCACCCUGCAGCACCUCUGCCGCAAGACCGUCAACGGGCACCUGGACUCCUACGAGAAGAUGACUCAGUUGCCAGCUCCCAUCAAGGAGUUCCUGGACCAGUACGAUGCCCCCCUCUAAGGGGCCGGCGGAGCGCGGUUACACGCUACAAGCACAAGAGCAGGGGACAGGCACAACGCCCCACCGGCGCGGGGACUCGCAGGGCACACCGAGCCUCUCCCUCUGGGCAUGAGAGGAGGGGACUGGGGCGAGCCGCUGUGGG